AUGCGAUACCUUGCUCUAGUCAUAUUCAGUUGCAUUUUUACAAUCACACUAGCUGAAACUCAAUAUCAACGAACACCUCCUUUUGGUGUUGCUCAAGAUACAAACGCUGCUUCUCGCACUCUGGGAGACUAUACGCAUUCUCAUGAAACAGUAGACAAGUCGACCUAUACUUGCUACUCAAUUGGAGAGUGUCAAGUUUGCUCACCAUUAGAAAAGAAAACACAACCCUAUUGCGUCGAGUUUGGCAAUAAAGAGCCAGUGCGCUGCGAGUGGGAUGAUCCAGAACUAGCAGACAGGAAAAACCAAACAGCCUUUUAUGAAGAUGACGCGAUAUCUUUACCGUCUUUCCGAGCAUGCCCUCGAGUGAGGAGUGUGGAAAGAGCCAGAUUCAUCAAGUUUGAGGGGAUCAAUGCGGCCAUCAUGGUCAUUUCAGUGGCAGUGUUCAUGUGGAGACAGCGAAAGAUUGCCAGAGAACAGUAUCAGCGAUUAGCACAGCGAAUUGGAGUAACAGUUGUAUAG